UCUCGCUCUUCUCCAUUGUGGUGAGUGUGAGUAGUCUCGUUUGUCGCCAUGUCCUCUCAUAAGACUUUCAGAAUUAAGCGGUUUUUGGCCAAGAAACAAAAACAAAAUCGUCCCAUUCCCCAGUGGAUUCGAAUGAAAACUGGUAAUAAAAUCAGGUACAAUUCGAAGAGGAGACACUGGAGAAGAACCAAGCUGGGUCUAUAAGAAAUUACACAUGAGACGGCAUGUACUUAUGCUGUAUUACGGUCACUAUCAUCAUCUUACCAUAUCAAGCUGAAAAUGUCAUCAGUUGAACAUUUGCCACACUUCAUUGGGAAAAUGAGUUUUCUCUUCAUUUAUGUGCUAUUCCCUAAUAAGUUGGUGCAGUAAUAAAUAUGUGAGACCUUGA